AUGGGGGGUGAACGAGAUUCAUUUACUGCUGUUGCUGUUGAACUUUUGUUUCUUCUACGAAGACGUCGAAAAAAAAUGGGGAGAAAAAAGACUGUUCGCCGAUCGAAGUGGGUCCGGCCCAUCUUUAUGCAAACCGAACGCGAAAACCAUGGUCAGUUCCACUCUUUGCUACGAAAGCUAGAAGACGGAGACAGCUAUCUACGAAUGUCUCCGGAAAGGUUUCAGCACCUUCACUUAAUGGUUGGUCCCAUAAUUGCCAAGAAAGACACAAAAAUGAGGAAGGCAAUAUCAUCUGAAGAACGACUUGUGGUGACCCUCAGGUACCUGGCGACUGGUGAUUCUCAGCAGUCUCAGUCCUUCAACUUCAGGAUUGGAAGGUCAACGGUGUCAGAAAUUAUCAGGGAGACCUGCAGUGCUAUCUGGGAGGCGCUCCAUAAGAACUAUCUUAAGUCACCCUCAACCCCUGACGAAUGGCAGGAAAUAGCCAAUGAUUUUGAGAGCUUGUGGGACUUCCCACAUUGUAUUGAAGCAGGAGAUGGGAAGCAUGUGGUCAUGGAAUGUACCAGAUGCGGCCACACCCAGGAAGAGGACUGACA